AUGUGGAUAAAACUCACAAUUUUGAGUUUCAUUCUCAUAGGAUCUUUUGAAAAUGUAGCUUCCGAUAUAAACAUGGUUGAGUACUAUAAGAUGCCGCCUUUACAUCGGCAGGAUGAUUAUGAACGUUGUCUUUGGUCGACGGAAGAGCUCUCAACAUAUUGUACUGUUUCAACUAUCAUCAAACCAGAUCCUUCAAACGCCAUUUGGAAUCAAAUUGAAGAAUAUUCUAAAAAAACUAAAAUACACUUCGCUCACGAUGUACUUUUUAGUGGUCAAUGUUUGUCAGAAUGCCAAAAAAUGCUCAGUGAAUUGUCGGAAGAUGAACGUGAGGAACUUUAUGUUGAUGCAUUUCCGCACACUCGUAAGUUCACAUAUGAUAUAACGGCGUACAAAAACGGAACGUUGUAUCGAAAGAUGUACGAUAAAAUUUUUAAUCAAUGCGAAAAUUUGUGGCUUCGCAAAAACUGGAAUUUGACUGGCUAUUCUACGGUUUUGUGGUGCACUACGAAUCAAGAAUUUGAUCACUAUGAGACAGAUUAUCUGCACACAUUAUUCUGGGUUGUCACUAUCUUUAUUGUGGCUAUCGUUGCAGCAGCUACGGGACUUGAUAUAAUACAAAAUAACGAAGACAGUUUGAAUUAUUACAAAGUUGAGAGGCGAGAUUUGCCAAAAAGUCAGCAAUGUCUCUUAUGUUUCUCUUUGGUGAGAAAUUGGUAUCGCCUUGUUGCUCCGCCAAAAACUGAAGUUGGAAGAGAUCUACGUUUUGUUAUGACUAUUCGAUACUUGACAACAUUCAUGGCAGUUAUAGGACAUGUAUGGAUCGGAUAUAGUUUUACGCCUUCAAUAAAUCCAGAAUUUGUUGAAAAAUCCUAUGACAGCUUCGUUUAUAUUUUUGUCAAUUGUGCGACGAAUAUUGUUCAAACAUUCUUCGUUGUAAGUGGUGUACUUCUUUAUAUUUCCAUCAAUGAAGUUUUUAAAAAAGGAGUUGUAAAUGUCGGUUAUGCUGUAAGCGCAUUUCUUUAUCGGUACAUCCGAUUAACGCCAACCUAUGCAUAUUUGAUACUUUAUCAAGCGACUUACUUAUUCCAUUCGGGAUCUGGAGCAUAUUGGAAGUUUUAUACGGAAACACAACAGACUUACUGUCGAAGAAAUUGGUGGACAAAUCUUCUGUAUAUCAACAAUUAUGUCAAUGCAAAUCAGAUGUUGACAGAAUCUUUAGCACUAUUUGUUUUGUCGAACUGUGUUGCUCUUGUACUCGGGCUUUUGAUUGAAUUUCCAUUAACUGCUCUUAGCAAGACCUUAUUGCGUCCUAAAAAUGAGGAAUACUACAAAAUGCCUCCUCUUCAUCGAAAUUCUGAUUUCGAACGAUGUUUAUGGUCGUCAAAAAAAGAAUUAGCCACAAUUUGCACAAUUUCAACACUUAUAAAGCCAGAUCCAUCAAACGCUAUUUGGAACCAAAUUGAAGAGUUUUCGAGUAAAACGAAGAUUCACUUUGCACACGAUGUCCUUUUUAGUGGUUCAUGCAUAUUGGAAUGUCAAAAAACCCUCAGCAAAUUAUCUGAUGAAGAACGCGAACAACUUUAUGUUGAAGAGUUCCCACACACACGAAAAGUAACGGUUGUUUUGUAA